UCCUCGGACAUUAUGGACGGCCGUGAUCGCCCCCAGCCUCAUCGUUGUUGCUCGCAUCAGCAAAAAUUUUGAUAACCCAAUCCCUUCCUCUUCCCCCGUGAGGUGCGGGCGCGAGCGAUGCGGAGCAGCAGCCAUGGAGGUCGUCAGCCUCAAACCCUUCUUUAGGGUUCCUCCCUCCCCUCAUCUCCAUCAAAACCCUACCCGUUCCCGUUCCACGCUCCUCUCCUAUCAUUCCCGAUCCAAACCCUCGCCCGUCUCCAUCUCCUUCGAUUCCCCGGCCAGGAGGUCACCCCCCACCCUCGCCGCCCCAUCUGUCUCCAGCUCCCCUCGCUUCAACCCGUUCUGCCUCCUCCUCCCCAUCCUCCACUCCUUCGGUGGGUUCGUCCUCUCCCGGCUGCCAAAGGUGCGACCUUGGCUGCACGGCGGCCUCGAUGGUCGCGACGGGGAGGACGGCUACCUUUGCUGCGGCAGCAUCGGGACGCUGCUGAUGAGCACUACCGCAGCGGUGUCCAAGGCCCGGGUCAGCCCCUUCCUGUGGACGCUAGCCGGGAACCCGACCUUCGUGUCGGGGCUCGUGGCCUGGUCCCUGGCGCAGACCAUAAAGAUGUUCCUCAACUUCUUUGUGGAGCGGAGGUGGGACCUCGGGAUGCUGUUCAGCUGCGGGGGAAUGCCGUCGUCCCACUCGGCGCUUUGCACCGCGCUCACGGCUUCGGUGGCGCUAUGCCAUGGAGUGAGCGACUCGCUAUUCCCCGUGUGCCUUGGCUUCAGCCUCAUCGUCAUGUAUGAUGCGAUUGGCGUCAGACGGCAUGCCGGCAUGCAGGCUGAGGUACUUAAUAAGAUCAUCGAGGACUUGUUUCAAGGGCAUCCCAUCAGUGAAAGAAAGCUAAAGGAGCUCCUGGGUCACACGCCAUCGCAAGUAUUUGCCGGGGCUGUUCUCGGCAUCUUGGUUGCUUGCAUCUGCUGUCAAGGUUCUGUUGCCCCAAUUUAGAUGCUCCAUCAGGUGACAUUGUCAAGUAACAAGAAUUCAAGUGUAUCAACAAACUAUAUUAUUUAUGUGGCACUCGAGGCAUGGGUUGUUCACUUCAGGUAAUUUGGGUGACAUUGUCAAGUAACAAGAAUUCAAGUGUAUCAACAAACUAUAUUAUUUAUGUGGCACUCGAGGCAUGGGUUGUUCACUUCAGGUAAUUUGGGUGAGUGGCAAAGAUAUGCAAAGGGUUAGUGGACUCUGCUUUUAUCGCCGCAUUUAUCUGCAUAGAUGUUCUUCUCAAUUAUAUUUUUCUAUCAUUGCUUUAAAUACAUUGAAUUUGUAGUUUAUGUGGCAUACACACUUGUGUUCCAGAGAUGAUGUCGGCUGUUUACAUGCAUGGCUAUGUUAUCUCUGUUCUUCUUGCUUUUAAA